AUGCUGUUGACAAGAGCGCACACUGCUAGUCUGCUUGCGAAUCUUGAACUUAUCGAACAGGCUCUUGAGGUCAUUGGGUUGACUGGUGACGCGGGCAGACCACUGGAGCUCAUUGCAUUCCGCGUCGGUCUCAGCCGACUCCUAUAUGACGAGGCAGCGAGCGGCUAUAAGGGAUCCAUCAUCGUGUGUCGGGUGGAUGGAAACUUCGAUGGCCUCCGGGACAUCGGCGAGAGUCUUUGGGAUUGGAAGGAUGGUAACCGGGGUCGAGAGACGAGUACUGAUGGUCAGGAACCAACACUGGGACAGAGCGAGAAGCAUCAUGGCCCCGACGCUCCGCAAGUCCCAGACAGAAAUCCUUCCGCUGGCGAUGCCAGCCCGAUUGUGCACCAACCCGUCAGCCCAGUGAUGGCAGCUCGACUGUCUUCGGCAUCGAAGCCGUUGACUGUACCCACAUCAUCGUCACCGCUGGGCAAGUACAGCUAUGCCGCACCGACCAAAACCAUCUUCAAAUACACCAAUCGGUUCUAG